AAUUUCUCGAAGCUUGGGGAAUCUGGGUUAUCGGAUUCGGAGCACUGGGUAGCUGAAUUGCUGCAGGUGAGAAAAGGACGAGAAGAAGAUAGCAAAAGAACAGAGAAGCUUUGGGAAUUGAAAGAGACAGAGAGAUGUUCGAUCUAUCUAUCUACCAGUGGCCGCGCCAGGCUACCUCGUGUUCAUUCCUAGUUUCCCCCGCCAGCUCUUCCCUUUUCCGAUUAGUUGCUUCAUCAAUUGGGGAAAACGUCAUUCAAUUGGGAAAUUCCGAAACUCCACGCAAGAAUCUAAUUGUGGUUUUAUAGGGGUAAAUUGCAUUUGUGGUCCACCGACUAUGUCAUGUUGAC